AUGCGCCGAGUGAUAACGGCGAAGAAGAGCUCGACGGAUCCCCCACUGCGUGGGGAGGCGGGAGGCGCGCUGGCGCCGAUGGCGACGAAUCCCCCAGUGCGCGGGGAGGCGGGAGGCGCGCUGGCGCCGAUGGCGAAGAAUCCCCCACUGCGCGGGGAGGCGGGAGGCGCGCUGGCGCCGAUGGCGACGAAUCCCCAACUGCGCGGGGAGGCGGGAGGCGCGCUGGCGCCGAUGGCGACGAAUCCCCCACUGCGCGGGGAGGCGGGAGGCGCGCUGGCGCCGAUGGCGACGAAUCCCCCACUACGCGGGGAGGCGGGAGGCGCGCUGGCGCCGAUGGGGACGAAUCCCCAACUGCGCGGGGAGGCGGGAGGCGCGCUGGCGCCGAUGGCGACGAAUCCCCAACUGCGCGGGGAGGCGGGAGGCGCGCUGGCGCCGAUGGCGACGAAUCCCCAACUGCGCGGGGAGGCGGGAGGCGCGCUGGCGCCGAUGGCGACGAAACCCCCACUGCGCAGGGAGGCGGGAGGCGCACUGGCGCCAAUGGCGACGAAUCCCCCAGUGCGCGGGGAGGCGGGAGGCGCGCUGGCGCCGAUGGCGACGAAUCCCCCACUGCGCGGGGAGGCGGGAGGCGCGCUGGCGCCGAUGACGACGAAUCCCCAACUGCGCGGGGAGGCGGGAGGCGCGCUGGCGCCGAUGGCGACGAAUCCCCCACUGCGCGGGGAGGCGGCGGGAGGCGCGCUGGCGCCGAUGGCGACGAAUCCCCCACAGCGCGGGGAGGCGGGAGGCCAGAGAAGGUCAAGAGGGAAGUACCUGCAGCCGCACGGGGUGGUGGAACGCAUGGAGAAAGAGUGGGAGGAGGUGACGGACGGAGGCAUCGCGAAGAAGCACAGACGGAGGAAAGAGGAGGGAGGAAGGGAGAGCGCGUACUUGCAGGACUAUACGGGGAGGACGUGA